AUGGGAACGCGCGCGGUCAGGCGGGCGGACGGGCGGGGAAAAGCGGACUGGGAUGACGGCGAGACGAACACGCCGCGCGGGACGGUCGUGUUCGCGGACCCAGGGCGGAAGCGGGACAAGGAGCUGCUGGAGAGCAUCAGGGGCCCAGAUCCGAGCGGCACCCGGUGGAUGAGCAUAGGCGGCUGGGGCCUCAGUGAAGGCCGCGAAGACGACUCGCGCGCGUAUGGCGAAGAGGACGACGGGCCGAUGGACUGGGACCGGGUGCAGGCAAUGUUCGAGUAUAUGAUCAGGCUCGUCCCGCUGGACGAGCGGGACCGCACCCGUGUAGCGCAUGAAGUGAUCCCUCGUGCGCUGGCCGACCCGAUCGAGAUGGGGGCGACAGAUACGUCGGCGGACGAUGAAGCCUUGGCUGUCGCUCUGGACAAGUGGCAGUUGAAGGACGAUGUCCCCGGUGAAGUCGUACGCUUCCCGGACACCAACGAUGCGCUCUUCUCCGCCCUCACCACCAAACCGGUCCACAUCGAGGCCAUAUCCUACGUGCUCAGCCACUCGACCCUCUGCAGAUACGGAGACUCUGACUGGCGCCAGUCGUUUGCAAGCAUCAAAUUCGUCCUCGCCGAGAACCCGUACCUCCAACGCCCGCACACGAAGUCUCUCCCCCAUCGACUCCGCCCUCUGUUUAUCUUGCUGGUCUACUCUAUGGCCACCUUCGUGGACGACGCGGAUACCCAGAUCACCUACACUCCUGGCUGGAAAGUGUUCGCCAACGACGGCGCCAGCGUCCUCGGAACAAAACAUGGCGCAGCGUCUGCGGACCUCACAGCCACCUUCAGUUUCACAGGGACACACGUCUCUGUCUGGGGGCUCGUGGGUUCCAACGACGUCCACGGCUGGCCGAUCACAGAGUACGCGAUCGAUAGAAACGUCCUCGGGACGUUCACCGCGCCCCAAGUCGAUCCGCCCCACUUCCUCAUCAACGUCACAUUCUUCUCCUCCAACACGCUCGCCGCUGGCCAGCACGAGCUCACAAUCACGAACGUGAACGGCACGGCGCCGAACACGUACUGGCUCGACUUCCUCCUCUUCGCGCCCGCGGUGAUCAACUUGACAACCACCCCCGCGACCACUGGCGCGACCACCGCUGCUGCUCCUUCCCCGUCAAGCUCGGGCAUCCUUCUCACCACCGGAACAGACUCAAGCCCCAGUACCAGCAGCGCCGCCUCUAAACCGACUGGGGGAAACGACGCAGCGCCCUCAGGCUCUUCCUCGCGCUCCCACACGGCGGCGAUCGCGGGCGGCGUCGUCGGUGGGCUCGCGAUCGUCGCGAUCGCGGCCGCGCUCGUCAUUUUUCUCCGAAGGCGUCGGGGGCCGCGACGAGCUAGCCGCCUCACGCUAGAGAGCGAUGGGAGCGGGGACAUGAUGACCCAGGCGCUGCCGUUCGUCGCGCAACAGGCUAGCGGGAGCACGGGCCUGUCCUCCAAACUCGCGCUGGCGGCAGUUCACCCCGUGGGCGGCUCCCGGUCGGACGCCUCGAUGGGCCGUACUUUUGCAGAGGUCGACUCCGGGCUGCGAUGGGCGAACGUGGGCGACGGGACUGUCAUUCUACCACCUCCGUAUACCCGCGAAUGA